UGUGUCUAUUUUCUGUCCUUUUGAUCUGUGAAUCAUUUUUAUAUUUUGCGACAUUCAAGUCAAAUAUUAUGGUUACAUUAUUUUAGUUUCAGUUUCUCGUUGGUUAAAGAUAGGAGCUACUCACCUUCAGUCAGUAUUGUAGUUUCUUGAAAGUGUUAUCAUCAUUUUUGUUUAUUGUUAAGUGACAAAAAUAUGACAGGUUUUGCAGAUAUUGUUUGUUAACUGUUUUUCACAGCUGCUCUUACCUUCUGAUUGUUGUAAUUCUUGAAGUAAAGGUAGACUACAAGUGUACGGCUUCCUGUACAUAGCUCAUGUGACCCGUCACCAAAAAAAAGAAUAUGAGCCGGAAAAAAAUGACUGUCGCAGGUCUCUUUUUCAAAACAAAAACAGAUUUAUUGUUUAAAUUUUAUUGUCGCCUGACUGAUACAAGUUUCGAGAGGAAGAGUGCACGACCACAGUUGGAUACCUCACUGUCAACAAUGAACACUCUAUAGUUCUUGGCGGAAAAUUUGCUCAAUCAUGAACUCGACUACCCAUCCAGAUGAACUCAAUGCCAGCCGGGCCUCCUCGUCAGAAGAUGCUGUGGAAAAACUCAACUCUGAGUUGUUCCAGAAACUUCUACCGUCCACCAUCAUCUUCACAGUCUUGAUUUGCGCUGGUCUCCCUGGCAACCUCUUGGUCCUCCUCGUGUACCUCAAGAAGUUCAAGUCCAGCGCCACGCGCGUGUUCGUGGUGGCCAUGGCCGUCUGCGACUUCUCCGCCAGCCUGCUGACCAUUCCACUCGCCAUUGUUUACUUUCGCCUGAUGUACACCAUCAGCGGUCCUACCUUCUGUCCCGCCAUGUAUUUCUCGUUGAGCUUCCCUAUUGUCGUUUCCGGUUGUAUAUUGCUGUGUGUGAGUCUGGAUCGUCGACGUCGUGUGUGUCAACCUUUCAGACGACAGUUGUCUCCCCGACAAGCCACUUUCAUUUUGAUGUUUCCUCUUGGAUUGGGUGUCCUCGCCACGCUUCCCUUUGCACCUUUCCACGACGGAAUCGAAUUUACAACCUCGACUGGUCUCACUGUCAGGAAAUGUAGCUUCCGGCAAGAAUAUCCAGGAUAUAUUUUUAGACAAAUCCAGGGUGGUGUCCUCGUGGUCUACGCGACAGUAGGGUUAGUGGUUCUGGUGAUCGCCUAUUCCCGAAUUCUCCGCAGGCUCCGAUUUCUCAGCCAGAAAAAACGAGACAGGUUGGCGCGUGCAGUGCGUGGUGUAGCUCCGCAGCAGACUGCAGGAAAUAAGGAAGCAGCCAUUUUAGGACCACGUGACCAGGGCAAUGAUUACAAGCGGUCAGACUGUAAGGAGUGUCAAGAGAAGUGUAAGCCUUGCGAUCGGUGUGAAAAGUAUUCAUCUCCUGAAGGGGUUGGAGGGCAACAGCAAUCGCCAGAGAGUCUGUCCUCCAAGACCACUCUGAUGAUGUUCGUGCUGACGGUCACUAAUGCAGUCUGUCUUCUGCCUUACCUCAUACUGGCACAGUUCCAUGAGACAUUUUACGAACCUCACACCAGUGCCUGGAUCUUGAACCUGGCCACCACGUGUCGCUACCUCCCAACCUUAAGAAGUACUAUCACCCCGGUUAUCUACCUUUAUUUCAAUCCCAAAUUUCGCAUGGACCUACGUAAAGUUCUGACCAAGACAUGAAAUUUUAUUGUUUAGUUACAUUUCAAAUGCUGUUAGUAAGCAAGGGCACAUUGUUUGAGACAGAGACACGCUCAUAUUAAUUUCUCCAUACUAAACCCCGGACAAAAACUGUUGUCCCCAAAGCUACCACCUACAAUUUCAGUUUUAAGGGAAUUUCAUUUAUGUUCUUGGUGGUGAGGUAGAGUUCAUAAAUAAAGCGUUAGACCUAUAAGACACAUGUAAAAACGUGUACCGAUUAUCUUUACAAAUAUAUUACUAACCAAAAUAAGCAUGUUUAUCAGUUGAAUAUUUACCAACAACAUCGCAAAUUCUUUCGGAGUAUCGAUGUUUGCAGCUGUGUAUCGCUGAAGGGUCAGAAUCCGUGAUUGCAAUAGACCCCCAACCUCUUCUGAUUUAUUGUUGCUGACUUCCCUUUGUGGUCAAAAGAGAAGACAAAUUUUAUAGCUGUAUGAAACUUUACAGAGAAAGAGAGAGAUCUUAUUUAUGUAAUUUUGUAUUGUAAGCAAUCUUUUGAGUGCAAACGCUUGCCGAGGACACAAACCUGAAGACUGCUUUGUUCUUGUUGCUGUAAUUUUUGUGAAAGGUCCUGUUAAAAAUA